GGGCGAAAAAUGGCCCAUGUAUGACCACACGACAUGCCACUUCCUUCUAAAAGUAAACAUCCAUUGCUCAUGCAACAUGCCGGACCCUCCAGCAUCCGAUCUCACCCUCACUGCCACUGCCCCCCAUGCACUCACUCCGCCACAAUCUCCAAGACACAGACAUUCCCACCUCCGAAUUCUGUCCUCCUCCUGAGGAGAGGGGGAAAAUGAAAAGGGGUCAUUUUAUACCCGAGCUCAGCCCUAACCCACUCAAUUGAGAUUAAUCCUUCACUUCAUUCCCCAAAAUCACAGGGUUCAAGACUAGACAAUGUCAUCCAAGUCAGCCGGCUCCAAAGAUGCCCAGCAGCAACAACAGCAGAAGCCGCAUCUAAGCGCCAACUUCGCCCAUCCCCAGUCCCACCAAAUCGACUACGACCAUGAGGUCUACCUCCAUUUAAUGGCGGGUGGGGAUGAGAAGAACAAGACCAAGACACCGAAUCAGGUCUAUCGGGAGGUGGGUGCCGUGGUUCUCUCUUCUACUUGUGCUGCGCAUCCGGCCGUGGUGGAUCCUCGGGGCCAGCGGGAUCCCAGUCCCUUAGAUCUGGAGUGGGCGGAGAGCCAGAGGGCCAGAGAUCGCCUCGUUGGGGGUUGA